AUGCCUACUCAGCCAAGUAUUCUUGGUCGUCAGACCGGCCCAAUUGGCUUCGGCCUGAUGGGCUUUACCUGGCGAGAGCAACCACAAGCCUUUGAGAAAAGCAUCCAGACCAUGAAACGUAGCCUUGAGCUAGGCUACGAUAACAUCAAUUGGAACGCAGGAGAAUUCUAUGGUACUAUCGAGAAGAACUCUCUACACUUACUCAAGGAUUACCUCACUCAGUAUCCUGAUGACGCCAGCAAAUUCACCUUGUCUAUCAAAGGAGGCGGCCUUCCUGGCACACCAAUGCCCGACGCUUCUGAACAGAAUACUCGUCGAUCUUUAGACACCUGCCUCGAGUUGCUCAAGGACACCUCCAAACCAGUCAUUGACAUUUUCGAAAUGGCACGGAUCGACCCAAAGCGAAAGAACCGAGACGCACACAGAGUGAUCGUGGAGUACAUUAAGGCUGGUAAAGUUCGUGGCCUAGGUCUCAGCGAGGUGUCCGCCAAAACGAUUCGGGAGACACAGAAGCAGCUGCAGGAGGAAUUGGACUACCCUGAAGGAGUAGCAAGCGUUGAGAUUGAGCUUUCCCUAUGGUGUCCUGAUCCUUUGCAAAACGGCAUCCUAGCAACAUGCGCUGAGCUCGGCAUUCCCGUGUUCGCCUAUAGUCCUCUAGCUCGUGGCGCUCUAACUGACAAACCUAUUCGAAGCAACGCAGAAAUCCCAGAGAACGACUUUCGCAAGCAUUUACCAAAAUUCCAGGACGAUGUACUCGAAGCGAACAACCGUAUCACAGAUGCUGUUAAUGAGAUUGCUAAGAAGCAUGGUGCCACGACGGCUCAGAUCGCAAUUGGAUGGGUUAGUGGUCAGAGUGGAAGGACACGCGAAGUAACGCUUGAGGAUGGAAGUAAAAAGACUGUGAAGCUGCCAUCGGUCAUACCCAUUCCUGGAGCAACUACUAUCGCUCGAAUAGAGGAGAAUCUCAAGGAAGUUAUUCUAAAUGAAGAAGAGAUGAAAGAGCUUGACGACUUGGUUGACAAAUUUCCAACCACAGGAGAUCGAUAUGCUGGUGAGGUCAAUACUUUGACUAAUGGUUGA